AUGGUUUCUUUUCCUUUUGGAAAAUCUUGUACCAUGGUUUGCUUGGUGAUUUUAAUGGCAAUGCUAGCUUCUACGGCCAACGCGAAAUGUUCGUUCGAGGCAAUGUUUGUUUUCGGGGACUCGAACUCCGAUACCGGAGGCUUUUUCGCCGCUUUCCCAUCUCAACCGUCUCCUUACGGCAUGACCUAUUUCAAUAAGCCGACCGGCCGACACUCGGAUGGGAGGCUCUAUGUCGACUUUCUCGCUCAAGCUCUUGGACUCCCCUUCAUAAGCCCUUACCUGAAGUCAAUCGGGUCGGACUUCAGGCAUGGAGCCAACUUCGCCACGUCAGCAUCAACCGUGCUCCAGCCUCAGACAUCCUUGUUUGUCAACGGUGUUAGUCCUUUCUACUUGCAAGUCCAAGUCAACCAAAUGAAGCAGUUCAAGUCAAAGGUUGAGGAGUAUAAUUCAAAGUCCCAAGGACAAACAAAUCUUCCUCAGCCAGAUAUAUUUGGGAAAGCACUAUACACAAUUUACAUCGGUCAGAACGACUUGACGGGUUAUGCAGGCUCGGGUGGUCCCGGUGGGAUUAAGCAAGUCCAACCUCAGCUCGUGUCUGAAACCAUUAGCUCCAUUAAGCAACUUUACGACAUUGGAGCUCGCUCGUUUUUGAUCCUCAACAUUGGCCCGGUGGGUUGCUACCCUGCUUUUAUCGUGCAAUUCCCUCACCAGAGCUCGGAUUACGACUCAUACGGGUGCUUGGGCUCGUACAACAAUGCCGUGAACGAGUACAACUACGCGCUCAAGGCCGCGGUCGAGCAAACGAGGCAAGAGCUCAAGGAUGCUAACCUCAUGUAUGUCGACACAUAUUCCAUGCUACAAGACAUUUUCCAGAACCCCACUAGCCACGGAUUGCAACAUGGGACAACGGCAUGUUGCGGAUAUGGAGGCGGGUCGUACAAUUUCAACCAGCAGGUCUAUUGUGGGGCCACAAAAGUGAUCGAUGGCCAAAUGGCAACUGCCUCGGCUUGUAGCGACCCUCAAAACUACGUGAGUUGGGAUGGGAUCCACCAAACCGAGGCCGCCAACAAGGCAUUGGCUUACGGGAUCCUUGGUGGCACUAACCUCAAUCAAUAUUGCGAAAUUCAGCCGAUAGGUUGA